AUGAACAGCGCAGAGAGGGCAGUCAUGGUCUGGUGGAAGCCAUUCUCUUCUUCACCGCAGCCUGGCGUACAGCAGCCAGUAGAACUACGGCAAGAAUCUCCUGUCCCUCCUCCUACGCCUUCACCACCUCCCUCACCGCCGCCCGUCUCAGCAACCCCCUUCCGCUCCUCCCCCGAGAUCUUUUCGCACCCACCACCCCCACCAGCCACACUCACACCUACCUCCUUCCUCUCCUCCAUCUCACCCACCAUUCCCCUCGUCUCCCUCUCCCUCGGUCUCGCCAGUGGACUCUAUACCGGUGCAAGUCGUGCCGGACUGGUGUUCAUGGCAGAGAAUGCUCAUCGCAGACCGGAGACGGUGCAGGGCUGGUACUUCUACAACAAGACAAAGAACUACAAGGUGCUCCUCUCUGGAAUUAAAGCUGGAAUCUCUACUGGAGUGAGAUUGGGUGGAUGGACGGGCCUGUGGGUUCUGGCUGAUGCAGGGGCAUUGGAGGCGAGGGAGCAGUGGCUUUCUUCGACUAGUAGCGCAUGGAUGGCUUAUGCGCACCAGAAUGGAAUGCUGGGAUGGUUGGGACAUUGGACCGAUGGAAUGGUCGCAGGUCAGGCAGUGGCAGUAUUGGCAUCGGCGGCGUAUAGACUGCCAACGAUGAGGUUGCUUGCAAUUGGUACACUCGCGGGAGGGACCACGGGAGCACUGCAGGACCUCCGAGACUACCUCAUUAGGAAGAAGGAGGCUCAAGAUGGGGUUUCUCAGCCCAGAUCACACCUUGUUGGCUCUGCAACAUGA